AUAUUGUAAAGUAAAACAAAAUUAAAAAAAAUGGGAGGGAUUGCGUUUGGGAGAUUGGACGACUCGUUUAGCUUGGCAUCUCUCAAGGCGUACUUGGCAGAGUUCAUCUCCACCUUGCUCUUCGUUUUCGCCGGCGUUGGAUCCGCCAUUGCCUUCAACAAGGUGACGGGAAAUGCGGCUCUGGAUCCGGCCGGGCUGGUGGCGAUCGCCCUAUGCCAUGGCUUAGCUCUGUUCGUAGCAGUGGCUGUCGGAGCCAACAUCUCAGGCGGCCACGUCAACCCGGCCGUCACCUUCGGCUUGGCUCUCGGCGGCCAGAUCACCAUUCUCACUUCCAUCUUCUAUUGGAUCGCCCAGCUCCUUGGUUCGGUCGCCGCCUGCUUUCUUCUAAAGGCUGUCACCGGUGGCCUCAGUACACCGACCCACAGCGUGGCAGAGGGAGUGGGAGCGUUAGGGGGAGUGGUGAUGGAGAUCAUAGUGACAUUCGCGCUGGUUUACACAGUCUAUGCCACAGCUGCUGACCCAAAGAGAGGCUCUCUCGGCACCAUCGCUCCCAUCGCCAUCGGUCUCAUCGUCGGAGCCAACAUCCUAGCCGCCGGCCCUUUCUCAGGCGGUUCCAUGAACCCGGCAAGGUCAUUUGGACCAGCCGUCGCCUCCGGAGAUUUCUCCGGCCACUGGGUCUAUUGGGUUGGUCCCCUAAUCGGCGGCGGCCUUGCCGGUCUCGUCUACUCCAGCGUCUUCAUGUCCUCUGAGCAUGCGCCCUUGUCCUCUGACUUCUGAGUUUCUUCACCUUUACUCCAUCUUGUCGUCAUGACAAAAUGUUGUCGACUUCUCGUUUUCUUUUUAUUUAUAGUUUGGUUUGAUCUCCAUGUUUAUUGAUCGGUUAAUGCUCAGAGUCUUCCGUAUCGUCUUUCUUUCUUGCAAUGGACCGCAUAAUUAGAUGGUAAA